AUGUCUAGAGAUAAAGUGAAAAAUCGUGCAGAAAUCACUAUUGUCGUGUUGGAUGGAACGAAUGUGUUGAGGGAGAAGAGUGGUGUUGAACCGCUUCGUUAUGCACUCAAUAAGGUAAUGAAGCCGGAUGAUGAAGUCGUGGUUCUUGUCAUUUUUAGCACUAGUGAUAUGAUAUAUUCGUCACCGGUUGUUACUAGUUGUUGCAUUAGUAAGGAUGGCCGGGAUCAUCAUCAACAGCCAAGUGAAAGAGAACGAUAUAUUAGAAUUCUUCGAGAAGAGAUCAGUCAGGGUACUGAGCAUUACAUGAAGGUCUUUAGACCCUUUUAUAAGGAAUGCAAGAGUAAGAGAGUCAAGUUUAUGGUAAAGAUUGUGGUUGGGUCAACCUUAGAUGCAAUUGUAACCGAAGAAAGAUACAAUAUUGGAGCAAGUUUGGUUGUUAUAGGAAGGAACUUUGCGAAAGAGAAUGCACCAUGGGUAACUCGAAAAAACAACAAGCUACUUCACAUGGAUGAUGUGAAAGUACUUACAUACACCUGUAUGCCUCAAAAUGACGUUAUUUCGGGGUCAUCAAGUGUCCAAGAGACAGUUUAUAUAACUCAAAGUAUUUCUAGAUUUAAGCGAAAAACAGUGUCUCAUGAUGAGAAACUCGUAUAUUGCACCCUCCCAAAUUUUGAAGGAAUUUACCAACCUUCUACAAGUUCUUCCAGCAUUGAAACUAAUUACCACGAAUCAUCACAAGAAUUCGAAGGUUAUGAAAUAGUUGAAGAAACAACAAUUGCUACAUCAUCAUCAACCAAUUAUGAACUUGGUUUUUUUGAUGAAUUAAGUUGGGAAGUGAUCACAGAGAUAACAGAGCAGUUUUCAAACAUAAUUCCUAUUGAUUCAUUUGAGGCUUUUCAAAUGUAUAGAGGUUUUUUUCAAGAUCAACGUUCUGCUGUUUUCGUGAAGAGAUACGCUGGUAUAAACUAUGGAUACGUUCUUGAAGCCGAAAAGAAGGCAGCUUCAACUAUGUACCAUAAGAACAUUCUUGGGUUACUUGCUUUCCACAAAAAUGAGGCUGCCUUGGCCCUUGUUUUUCCUGAUGUUUCUAGAGGGGCAUUUAUGGACAGGUUUUUAAAUGGAUUUUGGACAAGAGAGUUGAAAAUUUCGUUUCAAGUUAAAAUGAACAUUGCGAUUGGAAUAGCUCAAGGGCUACGUUACAUGCACGAACAGUGUCCACGAGGGGCCGUUGUUCACGGGGACUUACGACCAUGCAAUAUUCUGUUAGGCAACAAUUUAGAACCUCAGAUCACGGGCUUUGGGAAAGCUAAAUGGUUACAGUUGGAUCAAUCAUCUCCCACUAGAAACAGUUGUGGGCACAAACAUCCUUCUGAUAUGAAAUCGUUGAACUUGAUAAAAUCGGACAUUCUUGCAUUUGGGAUACUACUAUUGAGGCUCUUUUGCAACCGAUCUGCUCCUAGGGAUGACAAAUAUUUCGUUAGAUGGGCAAGGCCUUUACUAGCACAACGAGCAUACCAUGUAUUAUACGAUGAAUUAGAGUAUGAUGUUCAUGGAUUAUGCGUGGUGACAUCAGCUGCUGCUAGAUGCGUUAGCACUAACAUGAAAUCAAGACCGUGCAUGAGCAAGGUUCUUUCAUAUUUAAAAGGAGAGGUUAGUUGUGCUGAACAAACAUUUCCAUCUACUGAGAGCAGCCCAAACACAGCGUCACCUCCUGACCCGAGUAUAUGGGAAAUAUAA